AUGCCAAGGAUUUCAUCCGAAAUCGGUCGACUUGUGUGUACACACAUGCAAGAGCCCGUUAAUCACUCAGAAUGGGCAGCACCCAUUGUCGCCGUCCAGAAGAAUAAUGGAUUGAUCCGCUUCUGCGCAGACUUCUCAUCUGGACUGAACGAUGCACUGGAACAAAACCAGCAUCCGCUUCCAAGCCCAGAUGACACUUUCGCAAAACUCAACGGAAGGCGCUACUUUUCACAGCUCGACUUAGCCGAAACAUAUCUCCAACUGGAAGUGGACGACUUCUCAAAGCAGCUACUCACUAUCUACAUACACUGUGGGCUGUACCGCUUCAAUCGACUACCAUUUGGAGUGAAACCAGCUCCUAGUAUAUUCCGGCAAUGUAUGGAUGCUUCUAUCGCUGGAAUAGACGGAACUUCCGCCCAUCUUGACGACAUAUUGGGUACUGGCAGAACCAUCAGCGAACACAAUGCUCGACUAGAGGCCGUAUCCAAGCGGAUUCAAGACUACGGACUCGAUCGACUCGACAAAUGUGUUUUCCUGCAGACGGAGAUGACCUACCUUGGGUUCGUCAUCAACGCACAAGGACGGAUGCCCGCUUUGAAGGACGUCAGUGAACUUCGCUCUUUUCUGUGA